AUGGAAGUGCCUGAGUAUCGGACGUGGAUGUACAAUAGAGUUGGACCCGGUCGGGUGGGAAUUACUGAUGAGUUCUUGAGUGGGGUGGAGGAGUUCAUUGAUUAUGCAAGUAAAAAAAAUUCAGAAUUUGAAAAUACAGGAAAGAUAAGGUGUCCAUGUAUGAAGUGCAAAUGCAUACGAUUUCGGAGUUUGGAUGAUAUAAGGAUGCACUUAUACAAAAAAGUUGAUGUGCCAGAAGAUGCUGCAAAUUAUUACUGGCAAGAUGGUGAUCAAGCUAAUUUCAAUCCAUACGAGCAGAUGGUAAUGGAUGCUGCUGGACCAUCGGUUAGGGAUGAGUUAUUACAAAGAGAUAAUUACAACCAACAGUUUGUGCCGGAACCUCCUAAUCCCGAUGCGCAAGGUUUCUUUGACAUGUUGUCUGCUGCCCAAGCUCCAUUGUGGGAUGGAUGCAAGUCGCACUCAGAGUUGUCUGCUGCGAUGAGGCUUUUAAGCAUUAAAGCUGAUUACAAUAUGCCGCAGGGUUGUUUCGAUGAUGUCGUCCACCUUAUGAAAGAGACGAUGCCUACAGAUAAUAGGAUGCCUGCAAAUUUCUAUCAAACCAAGAAGUCGGUGUCUAAGCUCGGACUUGGGUAUCAACGAAUCGAUUGUUGUACAAAUGGUUGUAUGAUAUUCUAUAAAGACGACGCAAAUGAGAAGCGGUGCAAAUUUUGCGAGGCAGACCGUUACAAACCUCGGAGAACUGGACGUGGAAAUUUCAAGGAGAUUCCGAUUAAACGUAUGUGGUACCUGCCACUAAUUCCCUGGCUUCAGCGACUUUUUAGUUCAACAGUGACAGCAAAAGAGAUGAGGUGGCAUUAUGAGCAUCAAAGUGAGGCCGACAUGUUGUGUCAUCCUUCUGAUGGAGAAACAUGGAAGCACUUUGAUCAAACAUAUCAAGAUUUUGCUUCAGAACCGCGGAACAUAAGAUUAGGUUUAUGUGCAGAUGGUUUCACUCCUUUUGGACAAUCUGGAAAGAACUACUCAUGUUGGCCAGUCAUUUUGACUCCUUAUAAUUUACCGCCUGGGAUGUGCAUGAAAAGGGAGUUUAUGUUCCUGACAGUAAUCAUUCCAGGUCCCCAAAAUCCGAAGAGCAGAAUCGAUGUUUAUCUCCAACCGUUGAUAGACGAGCUGAAACUGUUGUGGUGCGAGGGUGUAAUAACCUACGAUGUGGCCAUGAAAGAAAACUUUAUCAUGAGAGCUGCGUUGAUGUGGACUGUCAAUGACUUUCCAGCCUAUGGUAUGCUGUCUGGAUGGAUGACACAGGGGAAGUUAGCAUGCCCUUGCUGCAUGAAGCGUUCAAAGGCGUUUACCUUGAAAAAUGGAAGGAAAAAUUCUUGGUUUGAUUGUCACAGACAGUUUUUACCUAUGAAGCAUCCGCUUAGACGAAACAAGGAUGCAUUUUUCAAGAAUCGAGUGGAGAAAUCAGAACCUCCUCCACGUUUUUCUGGUGAAGAACUGCUUGCACGAGUUUGGAACUAUCCAAAGAUUACUGAAACUGGGCCAUUAUCAUUACCGGGAUAUGGCCAAGAACAUAAUUGGACAAAGAAGAGCAUCUUCUGGGAUCUGCCUUAUUGGUGUAACAAUCUGCUACGACAUAAUCUUGAUGUCAUGCAUAUUGAGAAGAAUGUGUUUGAUAACGUUUUCAACACUUGUAUGGACGUUAAGGGGAAAUCCAAGGAUAAUGUUAAGUCCCGGAUGGAUCUUUCGAAUUAUUGUAAACGCAGAGCUUUAGAGUUGGUGGAGCAUGGCAACGGUAAAUCAUUCAAACCGAAAGCACAAUUUUGUCUCAACAUGGACCAGAAAAGAGCUGUUUGUGCUUGGGUCUCGAGUUUGAAGUGGCCUGACGGUUAUGCAUCCAACCUUGGUCGAUGCGUAGACAUGAGGGAGGGAAAGUUAUUUGGGAUGAAAAGUCACGAUUGUCAUGUGUUCAUGCAGCGCCUACUUCCAGUUGCAUUUCGGGCAUUGCCCGAGCCCAUUUGGACUGUCCUUACUGAGCUGAGUCACUUUUUUAGAGAUAUAUGUUCGACCACGCUGCGGGAGAAUCAAUUGCACAUCAUGGAGGACAACAUUCCUGUGAUCCUUUGCAAAUUGGAACGUAUAUUUCCCCCAUCUUUCUUUGACUCUAUGGAACAUGUCCUUGUACAUCUACCGUUCGAAUCAAGGAUGGGUGGGCCAGUACAAUAUAGAUGGAUGUAUCCUUUUGAAAGGUACCUUCAUUUCUUAAAGAAGAAGGUUAAAAAUAAAGCUCAUGUGGAAGGAUCCAUUUGUGAAGCAUAUAUCGUCGAAGAGACAUCGAUGUUUGGUUCAUAUUAUUUUGAACCAAAUGUGAUCUCUCGACGAUCCAGAGUUCCUCGAAAUGAAGAUUGGGGUACAUUCAAUCAGGAGUAUCCUAGAAUUUCAAUCUUCAAUCAACCUGGUCGUCUUGUUGGACCAGCUGGUAGGCGCUACCUCACUGACAGAGAAUACAGUGCAGCAACAUUAUACUUAUUUCUGAAUUGUGACAUUGUCCAACCUUUUAUCAACAUGUACACGAAUUUCGUGCGAGCAUCAGCGCCAGCAUUGAAUGACGAUGCAAUCGACUAUCAAAUUGAGAUAGGUUUUGCAUCAUGGUUCAGACAAUACGUUCAUGAGCCACAGAAUGGGAUAACCGAUGACAUAGUACGAAGUGUGGCAAGAGGACCAUUGAGGAGUGUUGAGAUUUGGCAUAUGUGUUAUGUCAAUGGAUACAAAUUCGACACCGAUGCGAGGAGCGAAGGCAAGUCAACAAUCAAUAGCGGUGUAUGCAUACGGGGGACCGAUUAUGGACAAUCAGAAAAUGACUACUAUGGAGUACUGAAAGAGAUUGUUCAAUUGGAAUUAACAGGACUACCGAUAAAGAAAAUUGUUCUUUUUAAUUGUGAGUGGUUCGACCCAACUCCUAAUCGAGGUGUGCGAAUCCAUAAACAUAAUGGUCUUGUCGAGGUUAAACAUAGAGGAAGGUACAACAAGUUUGAUCCAUUUAUAAUUGCACAACAAGCAGAGCAAGUUUACUUUGCUCCUUAUCCAGAAGGGAUACGUGAUCGACAAGAUUGGUUGGCCGUGAUUAAGACAAAAGCCAGGCACACAAUUACUGGACAAUCAAAUCAAGUCGAUGAUGCCUUUCAAGAUGAUGAAGUUCCAGUUGAGCCAGUUAGACUAGACACUGACCAAUUGGAUUCUCUAGUAGACAAUGAAGCUGAACCCGAGGAAGUUCUGGACGAAUACUCUACAAGACAAUUAAUGAUUGAGGAAGAGAAUGAUGAAGAUGAUGAAGAAUUGCAAUCGUAUGAUUCGGAGAUAGAGGAAGAGUCAGAAAAUUGUGAAGAAUGUUAUGAAGAUGAUUAA